AUGGCUUCCAAUGUCCUGCAACACGCGACCGAGCCUAGGAAGAAGGAGAUAAUGCGAGAAAAAGUGCCAGUACCAAACCCAGACAAGCCACCAUCUCCAUCGAGCUCAUCAGCUGGCUUUUUCCAAACACCUCCCGAAGUGCCCAAUCAGUUUUACGACGACGAUGCGCUUCGACGCGGAAUGCAACUGUUUCUACCACAACAGGUACGAAAUGUCAUCGCCCCUGACAUGUCGAAUUUUGGUGCCAAGGUUCUAUCUCCUCAAGUUUUGAGCUGGGUCUCUGACGCCGAACGCAACCUACCAUACGUAAAACAAUUUGACUCUUGGGGUCGACGGCGUGAUGAGCUCUUUACCAGUGAAGGUUGGCGAAAUUUGCAAGCCUUGGGUAUCGCGGAAGGCAUGGUCGCGAUACCGUACGAAAAUCAAUUUCGGGAGUACUCUCGAGUUUACCAUUUCGCGAAAUAUGCUCUUUGGUGUGGAAGCGCAGCAUGGGUCAAUUGUCCAAGUUUGAUGGUAGAUGGUGUGGCAAGCCUGUUCCGGAAGCAUCUGAGUGAUCCGAAACUGCCUAAGGAUCAGAGAUCGGUCGUACAAAGUGCUUAUGAUAGGCUGACUAGUAGGGUUCCUGAUUAUGCAUGGACUACAGGUCAGUGGAUGACUGAAAGACAAGGAGGAAGCGACGUCAGCAAGACUGAAACACUCGGCAAAUACGCUCCGGACUCUGUGCCUGAAGUUCUGGCCACAGAUGGGCAAAGACUAGGACCUUGGUUGAUAGAUGGCUUCAAAUGGUUCAGCAGCGCAACCGAUGCAAACAUGAUGGUCAUGCUAGCAAGGACUCCGAAAGGUAUCAGCACGUUCUAUUGUCCUAUGAGAAAGAUGCUCAAGCAGAGGGAUGUUUUGGGCAAUGACACGGAGCUGAACGGUGUUUCUAUCCAGCGACUCAAGAACAAACUUGGCACUCGAGCCUUGCCUACAGCAGAACUUGAAUUGAAGAACGUUCGUGCCUGGCUCAUAGGUGAGGAGGGACGAGGCACGAAAGAGAUUGCUACUGUGCUGAAUAUUGCUCGUAUCCAUAAUGGUGUCACUGCAAUCGGACUAUGGGGUCGAGGCCUGGCGGUUGUUCGUGCUUUUACCAAAGUUCGAGUCGUUGGCGGCAAGCCACUAUGGGAAAGAACAGCAUUUAUGCACAAUCUUGCACUCAUGCACACAGAAUAUCGAGCCAACGUGCUUCUCAACUUCUUUGUUGCCGGCCUUUUGGGCGUCGUCGAACAGCAGCAGAUCGCCACAUUUACGGGGCAAAAGCUCCACGACAAUGAGCGUUUAGGCUGUAUCCCGGGACUUCAAGAUGUUCAAGUGGCAAAUGACCUUCUCAGGCUUUUGACUCCAGCAUUGAAAGGCCAUUGUUCAAAGACGGCUAUCUCGGGUCUGCAGGAGUGCAUGGAGAGCCUGGGAGGGGUGGGAUAUCUGGAGAACGACGAUAUGCAGUACAAUAUAGCGCGGUUGUAUCGCGACGCCAACGUCAUGCCCAUAUGGGAGGGCACAACCGACAUGAUGGCAGAUGACACAGUGUUGAGAGUGCUUUUUGGCAAGGCCAGGAAUUCAGUGCUGGCUUCCUUGGGUUCUUGGUUCCAGGCAGUGAUCACACAAGUUAAUGAAAGUAACGAUUUUAACGAACAGUGCAACACGCUGCAAGUAUGGUGGAAGGGGCUGAAGCUGAUAACAAGUCAAGCAUCCAGAGAGGAGGCGGAGAUGAAGUGCCGUGCUAUCAUGACAAGACUGGUUGAUAUUGUGCAGGGGAGCUUGCUGUUGAUCGAUGCGCUUCGUGACAGAGACGAGGUUGCAAUCUUGGUUGCUGAGUCGUGGUUCCGUUGUAAGAAUGCGAACGCUAUUCUUGAGCACGGCACAUGGACGGAUCAGCAAUUAGCAGACGUGAAGAUUGUGUUUGGGACAAAUAGGCCUGAGGUCGUACCGUGUCUGUGGGACGAGGCAGCUCGCAUGUACGGCAAGUCAGCACCUCCUGUAUUGACGAAGUGGCAGGAGGGACCACGAGGCAAAGCAAUGCAUGACUCAGGCAUCACCUUGUUGCACUCGAGAGUACCAGAUUACCCAGGUGUCAACAAUCAGAGCUCUGACAAACCUCAGCAGCAUGCAGGUCGGAAGCGAGCACCCAAGGACAGCCUUCAGAUUGCAGUGGUAAUGGCUAAUGAGACGACAUGUUUCAGGAAGUAG